AUGAAUAUAUCAUCGAAUAGUGUUGUAAUAACAACAACUCAUUGUAGUCUUUAUCGUUUUCUUGGUUUUCUUUUAUUUAUUGCUUCUUUCUUCAAUAUAUAUAUUUGUUCUCGCUAUUUUAUUAAUCAAUAUUCUAAUAAAAGAAAAUAUUUUACUAUUAAUCGUACAACACCAAUAAUAAUUGGAAUGUUAUUUAGUUCAACUUUAAUUAUAUUGACUAUUGUUCCAGUAGUUAUUAUUCAAUGUUUUACUUGUCAAUCUUAUUUAUCAUAUAAAAUUCUUUGUAAAAUACAUGGUUUUGUAUGUUUUUCUACUGGACUUUUUAAUAUGUAUAUUGUGGCAUUAUUAUCUUUUUCUCGAUAUUUAAGUGUUCUUCAUAAAACAAGUUGGCUUAAUCAAUUAUUAGAACAACAUUCGGGUUUAAAUGUAUUAUGUUGUGCAUUAUUAGCUAUUUGUUGGACCUUACCACCUGUUUUUGGUAUUGGAAAUAAAUAUAUUCGUGAAGGUGUUGGUUUUUAUUGUAGUUUAGAUUGGAAAGAUCCAUCAAUUUAUUCACGUAUUUAUUUAACAUCUGUAGUCUUGUUUAAUUAUUUCAUACCAUUAAUACUUCUUGUUUAUUCAAAUCUUCGUGUUUGUUUUACUCUUCAUCAUUUAUUAAAGUCAUCUGGAAAUUCAAAAUAUAUACCAUUAUCAAAAACUUCUGAUACAACUGAUAGAAGAUCAUCGGAAAUUGAUUUAACUAAAUGCUUAAUAGAUGUACAAUUAAAAGAAACAACAAAUCGUUUGCAAAGAUUAAAAAUAGAUCGACAUUAUGCAUUCAUAACAUUUAUAAUAGCAGCUCAAUAUCUUAUUACAUGGACUCCAUAUACAUUAGUCGAAAUAUUAAAUGUCAUUGGACAAAAUACAUUCAUUCAACGUAAUCCAUUUUUACCUACACUUUGUGGACUAUUGGCUAAAUUUUCACUCAUUCUUAAUCCACUUGUAUUGAUCUAUUCAAAUAAAAUGACUGAAACAUAA